CCCCCCCCCCCCCUUCCAGAACCGGUGAACGUAGUGGGCGGUCUGUAGCGCCUAGCUAUAGCAGGCACAACCUUCCAUGGAGCCCAUGUUCGCGUAUGCCCGUUCGCUACGGCUGUGGUGGACGGCCAGUCGCUUCCCGCUACCGCUGCUCUGGGGAAGACGUGGCCAGCUGUGCCGCCUCGAAGACCUGCCGCCGGAGCAGCGCCACAAUCCGUACAUCCUCACGGGAUACCGCCGAUGCCGCCGCCGCGCCGACUGCCUCCUGAGCGUACUGCAGUGUCACAACGAGACGGUGAACAUCUGGAGCAACCUGCUGGCUCUGGCGAUCCUCUUCGCGCUCCUGGUCGAGGACCACGCCGGAGGCCGCUUCGCGCGCUUGGGCGUCGGGCUCGCGCACCGGGCGCUGCUCACCGCCAUGGCGCUGGCGUACGCCGCCAUGCUGCUGCUGUCGGCCGUGUACCACACGUUCAACUGCACGGCCGAGGCCCGCUCCUGGUACCGGCUCGACUUCGCCGGCGUCUGGCUGAGCGUGGUCGCCUACGUCCUCGGAUUCACGGCGCUCCAGUUUCGGGGCGCCUGGCGCGUCGCCCACUUAGCGGCCGCCAUCUUGGCCGCUGCUCCGUCGCUAGCGCUCGCGGCGGCGCCUUGCUUCCGAGACCAGCGCCACGAUGCGACCAGGGUCAGAGCCAUGGGCGGGUUCGCGCUGUACAGCCUGCUGCCGCUGUCCCACCACGCGGCGUACGGGGACCCGCGGCUCGUGGGUUGCACGCUGCCGGGUCACCUGACGGUGCUGGUGCUCCUGGCGCUGUCGCUGUUCGUCUUCGUGACGAAGCUGCCCGAGCGCCGGUGGCCGGGCUCCGUGGACCUCCUGGGCUCGAGCCACCAGAUCUGGCACGUGGGCGUCGGCGUCUGCGUGCUCUUGGCGCACGAGCUCCAGUUGGUCUACGCGACGACGACGCCGUAGCCGACGCGCUGCUUCGAUGGUGUCCUCGUGCCCGUGUGCGUGAUAUCGCGAAGCCAUUUUGUGCUGUCGUGCGCGAACGCUGCGUAUACGGGCGAAGAGGCUUCAAUUUGCUCCGAAGGCAGUGCGGACAGGAGCGAUGACACUGCCAUUUCCUUCGACAACAAACUAUAUAUAGCAUCGCCACGUACCGGUACCGCUGUCUGUUACUGUCCUUGCAGCUAAAUAAUUGGCUUACGGCCACUAAUUACACUUAAAGAACUCGUUUCCAUCGGAAACGAGCCUCAGUAUAUGAUCACUUGGAAAUCUGUGAAACUGGAUUCUAACUAUACAAGAGGGCGUGUCAGAAUUCAGAGCGGCUUCAAAUCCGCGAUUGCUACAUAUGUCUAUACUGUAACUAUAUAAUAGAAAUGCUAGUUAGCUAAUAUUAAACUGAGGUAAUCCAUUAUUAAUAGCGAUCACUGCCGCCUCUAAUGCACCGCCGAAGGAUGUACUUUAUACGCUCUCCGUCUGCACUGUCUUCGAGAAAAUUGGUUCAGCUCCGCCGGAGAAGUUCGUGGUGCCGAUUCGUGCCAUUACCGACUGGAACGGCUGCAGCCCCAUGGUCUCUCACCGCAGCUAUAUAUUCACUGUGAUAUAUCCACGGCUCCAACCUCCGCAUCGGAUUAUAUAGUGCGUGAUGAUUUCGUCGAAGUGCGAUCGCCUUGAGGCAAUACACUCGCGAGCAGUGCCCUGUGUACCCUGAAACGCUCAUUCUGGAAACGUGUGGUCAGCGUGCGACAAUUUACUGCAUAAAAGUCUUCUGGGAGUUAUAAAGGUUGAAACAUGCCCAAGCACGAUGUCAGUGAGACAACGAUAUAAAGACAUAUAUACGUCGACUCUUACGAAAGCCGUGCUUCUGCGGUCUUUUUUACUGACUUCUAGUUGGCUUUUGUACACUUAUUUUGAGAUGCAAUCGAAUAUCAUGAAUCGACUUUGCAAGUAUAUGCGAUUCCCCU